AUGCCGCCCCAGGCUCGGGUGAUGCCCAAGGGCUCCUCACCCCAGGAGUUGGAGGGUCAAAUGGCCCAGGCCGCAGCACAGCUGCAAGGUCUCAUGAACGCGGUGUCGGCAGGGGCGCUUCAGGGCGCCGGCGGCAACGGGGGAGGCACUGGUGAAGCUGCCAUGGGCGCCGCGGCGGUCGCCGCCUCAGCGUCGGCCAACCUGGAAGUGCUACGCGCGGGGCUGGAGCGCGAGGCGCAGCAACGGGUGCAGCUGGGGGCGGAGACGGCGGAGCAGCUGAAGCAGCUCAGCGACAUGGUCUACGAGCUGAACAGCCGGCAGCAGCAGCAGCAAAGCUCGCAGCAGCAGCAGUUGCAGCAGAACGCAGUGCAGGAAGAGAAGGACCUGGUUCGUUCGGAGGCGCGCUUCGCGGCGCUGGAGCCCUCGGUGUUGCAGCUGCGGGAGGAGCUGGAAGAGAUGCGGAAGAUGCUCUACAAAUGUGGGGCAGACUGCGCCAAGAGGUGUGAUGAGAACGAGGAGAUCUGCAACAAACGACUUGGAGGCGUCCAGGAAGCCGCCUUGAGUGCGGCCCGAGAGCUUUGGGAGGAGCAUCAGGGCGUGGUGGUGGAGUGCAAGUCCAGCCUUAGCGCCUUGCAGCAGAUCUUGGACUCCAAGGACAAGAUAGCCUUGCAAUUGAGAUCUCUCCAGCAACAGCAGCGUGAAGAAGACAAGCAGGAGUUCUGGAGCCAGAUGCAGCUUCGCCACGAACAGCUUCAGGCGAAACUGGCUGACACGGAGCGCGCGCUUCAAACAGAGCAGAACACGCGGAUCGAAGAACAACAGCGAUAUGAGACAGUGUUGUCUCGCCUCGGUCUCGCCCUAGAGAAGGCGCAAGCCGCAUGGCUUCGCGACUCCGCCAAGUUGUCUCAGGAGAUUCACGAGGCCAAGCGCGACUUCAGCAUCGAGAUGGACGGCGAGACGCGCGGCGUGGCGCGGCGCCUGGCGGACGGCCUCGAGGCGCAGCAGAAGUUGGCGGACGAGUUGGAGCGAAAGCUGGCGCUGGCCAAGACGGAGCUGGGCAGCGUCCUGGAGCGCUUGGACAGCACCGCCCGAGCGCAGCAGCAAGAGCUGAGCCCCUUGGCCCGACCUCGUUUUGAACGAGAUGCGGAGGGUCGCUUGAUGCGCCAGGUGAACGACGUGCAGACCAUCCAGGGUGGAAGGACGCAACAGGCAGUCUUCGACAUGAAGGCGGAGCUCGCCAAGCAGGAGCAAGUCUCGGCCGCCCGGCUCUCGGCCCUGCAGAAGGGGCAGGACGAACUGGAAGGUCGAGCCAUGAUGGCCCUCAACAACUUGGAAACUCGAACCCUGCAGAAGAUUCAGGACAGUGCCGACUUGGAGCGCGAGAAGACACGAAAUGAGAUGACACGGGCGCUGGAGGAGGAAAGGACGGAGCGACUGCGAAUGGACGAGGAACUUCGAGAAGAACAUUUGAGGCAUUUGGCCGAGAUGAGAGAGCAAGUGGAUGACAACAAGAAAGAGCUGAAUGAAAUCGUUCAGAACGCAGAGGAGCUUGUUCUGGAGUCAAUCGCAGUCACGCCCGGCUGGUGCCGAUUUUGGGUGUACUUGGAGCGUUUGGUCAAGCGCUUGGAGGAUCAAGUAACAGUCGAGCGGACGAAAACCCGCGAACAGAUCGAGGCCUUCAUCGAGGAAGAACGCAGCGAGAGGCUGAAGGCGGAAGCUGAGCGCUUGACAUCGCUGCAGAAGCGGCUGCAGGCGCAUGAGGAGCUCACCCUUCAACGGCUCAGCGAGCAACGGGCGCGCUGGGAGACGGAGGUAGAGACGCUGCGUCAGAAGUUGGAAGCGCAAGCACUGAAAGAUAAGCAGGACUUGAACAAAGAUCUGCAAGAUUUCGUUCAAGAGGAACGGCAGGUAACCAGUGGACUUGCAGAUGACAUGAGAGUCUUGGGAGGCGAAUGUCAGAGCCUGGCCGAGAGCUUUCAGAAGCACCAGAGCGCAACGGAGCAGAGGCUGGCGCACGAGGCCGCGGCCCUCUCGGCGCAGCUGAGCGUCGGCAACGCCUCGCUGACCGCGCUGCUUGCGCAGCACGGACAGACGCAGCAGCUGGCCUUGGAGACGCGGGCGCGGGAGAUCACUGGUGAGAUCGUGAAAGUCUCCGACGAGCUGGACAAGAUGAACGGCGAAAUCCUGAAACUGAUCGACGACGAAUCGGACAAGGUGAAAGAGAAGCAUUUGGCCAUGGAGAGCCGCGUCGGAACUUUGGAGAUGGCUUUCACCGCGCGCACGGCGGCGCUCGGCGAGCAGGACCAGGUGCUGCAGGAACGCAUGGAGGAAUUGGCACGACAGAACGGGGAGGCCAUCGAAAACAUGCGGGAGACCCUUACCUCAGAGACAGGGAAGCUUUUGGAGCACAUGGGACGUGUCCAAGAUGAUGUGAAAUCCGUCGAGGCCGAAACCCUGCGUCGCUGCGAAGAUAUGGCGGAGGCGCAAAGCGAGGCAAAGAUGGAGAUGGAUAACAUGUUCGGUACCUUCCAAGCAAAUCUGGGGGAACUCGGCGCCAAGAUUGAGGAUGUGGCCAUAUCCCAGUCCAAGAUCCAUACCGAGCUGAAG